UCCCAGACAUGUACGUGAGGUAGAAACAAAGCUUCUGCACCUGGCCAGUUAGGGAAUUUCCUCCUAGAUCGAGAUCUAAGAGUCGUGUGAACAGGUGGACUUAAGAAACGACGGUGCAUCCCAGUCCGGGUAGACGCAGCAGAUGCCAUCCAGCCAGUAAGCCCCAAAUGCUGAUGCUGUUUGGAUGGAAUGUUCCAGAAAGACAGCUUCUGCUCUGGACUCCCACACGAGCCUCCUCUUCCGUCAGUCUGGAGCAUCCUAACUAGACUUCAAUUCUUCCAGGUUUUAGCUAUUGCUCCCUGAGAAGUGAUAAUCAUCCGGACCAGGAGUCUUCGGAAGAUGACGCCCUGUUGGGGAGGUUUUUUUCCAGGCUGCGGAGUGAGAUCAGUCGCCUGGACGUGUUAGUCUAGGUGCAAACCAACGUCCUACCUCAUCCAGAAAGAGAGACAUUCACAUGAUUCACUGCGACCGUCUGUGCUAAUCAAUGAGCCAUCAUGUCCAAGAAAGGAAAGGGUUCGGAGGAGUCCAACAAGAAAGCUCUGCAGGAAGCAGAGAAGGAAGCUGCACAGAAGCAGGCGGUGGUGCAGCUGGAGAAAGCCAGGCGCAAGCCCGUGACAUUCGCCAUCCGCACCAAUGUCACCUACGUGGCUGCCGAUGAAGAUGGCGUUCCGGUACCCGGAAAGGCGAUCUCCUUUGAGGCCAAAGACUUCCUCCAUAUCAAAGAGAAGUAUAACAACGACUGGUGGAUCGGGCGUCACGUUAAGGUGGAUGCCGAGGUGGGCUUCAUCCCCAGCCCCACCAACCUGGACAUCCUACAGAUGAAGCACGGACUGGCAGCUAGGAAAGCCAAGCUGCAGGCCAGCAAAUCGGGAGGAACCAACCCCCUGGCAAAUGCCGCUCGCGCCGCCGCAGCGGCGAAACACAAGAAGAAUGAGAAUAUGGCAACUUACGACGUGGUGCCCUCGAUGCGACCCCUGGUGCUGGUGGGCCCGUCUCUGAAAGGCUACGAGGUCACAGACAUGAUGCAGAAAGCCCUGUUUGACUUCCUAAAGCAAAGGUUUGAGGGAAAGAUCUCCAUCACCAGGGUCACAGCAGACAUCUCCCUGGCAAAGCCGUCCAUUCUAAACAGCACCAGCAAACAGGGAAUGGUCGAGCGAUCCAACUUGGCCGAGGUCCAGAGUGAGAUCGAGCGGAUAUUUGAGCUGGCCCGGUGCCUACAACUGGUCAUUCUGGAUGCUGACACUAUCAAUCACCCACACCAGUUAGCGAGGAGCUCCCUAGCCCCCAUUCUGGUCUACAUCAAGGUCCAGUCUCCCAAGGUCUUACAUAAACUCAUCAAGUCCAGAGGGAAGGUAGAGGCGAAGCACAUGAAUAUGCAGAUGGUGGCUACUGAUAAGCUAUUGCAGUGCCCCCCGGAAAUGUUUGACGUCAUCCUGGAUGAGAACCAGUUGGAUGAGGCGUGUGAUCACAUAGCAGAGUACUUGGAGGACUACUGGAAGGCCACGCACCCACCUUAUGAGCAGGAAUCCAACAACCUUCUGGCACGGCUGGCCGCAGCGACCCUGCCGACCAUCCCCAUGGCCGGGGCCUCUUUGGAGUUGCAGAAGUAUGAGAAAACUACAGUGUCCCACCACCAAAAAGCCCAGGAGGAACAGGAGGAUGAUGGAGAGGAAGGGGAGGACCUGGGGGAGGAACAGGAGGAGGAGGAGAAGCGCCUGCUCCGGCCCGAGGUCAGGAGGACUGAACGUACCCAAUGCCGCCCCGCACACACACAACCAGAACACCCCAGACACCACAUCCUGCUCAGCAAGAAGCAGAAUCCCCCGGAUGGGAAUGAAGGCAGGGAGCCCCCCCACCAGGAAAACCAGCAACGGGGGGAGGAAGGGGAAGAGGAAGAGGAGAGCCAGCUGCAUCAUGGUACACCGUUACACUGGGGGCGCAGCCAUCACCACCAUCACUCCCGUCACCGCGGCGACGAGCCGCACGGGGCCCCCAGAGCCACAUCUCAGAAGAUGGAUCACAGCCAGGACACGCCCCCACACGGUCACCACUCACGCCGCUUUCCCCGGUCUCAGUGGAUCCCUCACCGUGACGGGGACGAGAGCACGGGGGACGGACAACAUGGCGAUACGGGGGGAUGGAGAAGGAACACUUACAUCCAUCGUUAACCAUCACUGGUGACCAUGGCAACACGCAAUCACUGGUGACCCUGUCACCCAAGCAACUAGUGGUCGCGUGUGAAGUUUCUGAAUUUUGCUGGAAAUAAUACUUUGUGUGGUAUCGCUCCGGUCAGUGGCCCUUCUUGCUCUGUUGUAACAUGCUGUUUGCUAUAUAAACUCAUUGUUUCCUCGGAAAUCAACAUGUGCACCGAAACCUACGCUGAAGAUUAUGAUCACACUCCAUGUGAAGUGAAUAACGUUGAGUAUCUUGUAAAACAGUGUGUGUGAUGGUCUGGGGUAUAUAAGCUACCAUCUGUACCAGAGAUGGGACAGUCUUCAUUCACCGCCCGGCCUUGACGAGUCUCGGCAGCCCUACACCCUGUGGGCGGAUCAUACUCUCUCCUCCUCAGCCCCCUCUUGGUAGGCACUGUACUCACCACAGCUGGCCAGGAGCUGUUCUGAUCCGUUCCAGAGAUGCACUGAUCCACUCGUCUGGCCAUAACAAUGGCCAUUGGCUCAUAACAAUGGCAAUUGGCUCUUACCAAUGUCAGUCUGGUCUUUACACCUCCUCAUUUCUUCUGUGUCCAUCACAUCUACGUCAAAUUUUGGCUUAACAUCUAAUAUAUUCCAGACUUUGACAUGCACUGUUUCUAACAAGAUUCAUUCACGUCAUGUGGGGGUGGUCAUGAUGUUUUAGCUUAUCAGAAUAUACCGCUCUGGAAAAAAAUUAAGAGACCACAGCACAAUUUUUUGUUUCACUCAUUUCUCCGUUUAUGUGUCUGCGUCUCUGAAUAUAUACUGUAUAUAUGUUUAUCUUGUGAACAGCUACCUGGUUCUUCUCUCUCAUCAAUUUUGGGCUUCUUCCUUGCUACAUGGGUCUUCACUCCUGCUUCUUGGAGCCUGAUACGAACUGCCCUAUCAAUUCGCUAACAUUCCCAGUGUCUCCUGCUUCACCUUGUUAUUUUGUACUGCUGUCUUUGAAAUGUUUAGCCUGGAAGCAGCCUGCCUCGCAGCGUAGCCUUCUGCCAGCAGAAACAGUAUUGAACCUGGAUUUUUUUUUAAAUAUAGAGUGGUCACUUAAUUUGUUCCACAGCUGUAUGUGCUGUAAGACUACAUGUGUACAGACAGAUGGCAAUACAGAGGAGUAGUUGUUGAUUCGCCUGCCUCAGAGAGACGGAUUUUCUGUUUGUUUGUAGUUUGUUUUGCUUCUUCCCAGACAAUUUGUUUUUCAGUCCAGACUUUGCAUUGCCUCUGAUUUGUCAGUAGACUUGUUUGAGGAUCCGGUCGUAUUGUAUUAGUCCAUCGUGUUCAUUUUUGUUUUGUCUCUGGUUGAUCCACACAGCACUGUUUGUCCUGCGAUGACUCCGCACCACAGAUGAGUUGCGGUUUUCUUGAUGUGAACUGUUGAUGCUUCAUUUUAUCAAGGUUGCGUUUAGCAUUUCUGUAUUGUUAGGAUCUAUUGGUAAGUUAGCUAACAUUUAAAGCAAACAACGCAUAUUUAUUUGUUAAAGGUGAUUCAUACUGUACUUACUGCAGACAUGGACGCAGUGUGUGCUGCUGUGAUGUAAUUCUCGUCACUCAGGUCAGGCACGGAGACCUCAGAUGUUUAUCAAUAUGCGUACUUGACCUCACUUGUGUUCUCUCAUGUUGAAAAACAUGGCUCAUGGAUUUGAAGGACAGCUAACUGCGGAGGUGCAGAAGUAUCGGCAUUUAUGCGAUUCCUUGCUGCAGUAUUGUGAAGACUUCCAGAAACUAAAAUAAAAUACAUGUUUGUGACUGUUAUGCCGUUUACCUGUGUAUCUCCUUACUGUAAGUACAUAAUGCAGGGUUAGUUUUAGUACAAUAUAUUAUAUUUAACAUAACGUCUGCUCCACAAUAAAUAAAUUUGGGGGCAGCAUGUGGUGCAGUGUGCUAAACCUGUGUGUCUGUGAUCCUUCAGCAAGGCCCU